AUGGCGUUAAUCGAAUGUGACACUGGUGGCGGCAUUGUCAGACCGCACUCCCCGGCGUCGUCGAGCGCCCGUCUCGCGCGUUCCUCGCCGUCGAGCGCGAUCGAAGCCAUGGCGUCCACCGCGCGCGUCGCUCGCGGGCUCGGCGCGCGCGUCGCCACGCGCGGUGCGUCUUCCGUCCCGACGAACCGGACGCUGAGCGCGCCGGCGCACCGCGCACGCGUCUCGUCGUCGGGACGCGGCGUCGUGCGCGUCCGCGCGAUGUCGGCGACGAUCAUCGACGGCAAGGCGAUCGCGCAGGCGGUGCGAGAGGAGGUGCGAGAGAAGGUUGCGGCCAUGCGGACGCGAACCGGGAAAGUCCCGGGACUGGCGGUGGUGCUCGUGGGCGAACGCAAGGACUCGCAGACGUACGUGAGGAGUAAAAAGAAAGCGUGCGAAGAGGCGGGCAUCGAGUCGUUCGGAACGGAUCUUCCGGAGGACGCGACGGAGGACGAGGUCCUGGCGGUGGUGGAGGCGUACAACGCCGACCCAAACGUGCACGGGAUCCUCGUGCAACUGCCCAUGCCCAAGCACAUCAACGAGGAGCGCGUGCUCGGGGCGAUCAGUUACGAGAAGGACGUCGAUGGAUUUCACCCUCUAAACAUUGGCCGGCUCUCUCAGCGCGGGCGCGAGCCGCUGUUCGUGCCGUGCACGCCGCGCGGGUGCAUCGAACUGCUCGAGCGUACGGGCAUUCCAAUCGCGGGCAAGGAAGCUGUCGUCGUCGGGCGAUCCAAUGUCGUGGGGACACCUGCGGCGCUGUUACUUCAACGACGCGACGCCACGGUCACCAUCGUACACUCGAGAACGCCGAACCCGGAGGAAAUCUGCCGCCGCGCCGACAUCGUCAUCGCCGCGUGCGGACAGAUGGAGAUGGUCAAGGGUUCGUGGCUCAAGCCCGGGUGCGCCGUGAUCGACGUCGGGAUCAACGCCAAAGAUGAUCCGAGUAAGAAACUCGGGUACCGACUCGUCGGUGACGUCGAGUUUGAUUCCGCGAAGGAGGUUGCCGGGCACAUCACGCCGGUGCCGGGCGGCGUCGGGCCAAUGACCAUCGCGAUUUUGCUGCAGAACACGUUGGAGGGCGCGGAGCGAGCGUACGCGUAA